AUGGCAAGAACCGAGACCAGCGUGCAGGAUCUGGAAACCAUUCAGACAGCGAUCGACGCGUUCCUGCCCAUCGCAGAGGGUGAGCGUGACUACGGCAUAGAUUACUACUACAACGCGUCGCUGCUCCAGAACAAGCUUUCCGACAUCCUCGACAAGGAGAGGAACGGCAAUGCCCCUGCCACUCCUGCAAGCACCAAGAGAUCCGAUUUCAACGCGCACGAAUUCAUGCGAGCUGUGCAUAUGGUGAACAACAUGCUCUCCAUACUCCACGUCCAGCACGAGCUUAUUCACUCCUGGCGGGCAUUCUUGGAGAUCACUAGCCUCAAGCAGACGGCAUCUUCAGUAGUGGCCGUGCCUCAGGCAUCGGCGUCGCUCAUUCAGGAGUUGGCUGCGGCACUGCAGCGCGAGGACAAAAAUGACAAGAUCGUCAACGAGCGACUGCAGGAAAUGGCCAGCCUGCUGCUGUUCCUGCUCAAGCACCACUACGCCCGCGCCAACAGCGGCCAAGCGAGUGCCAAGGGCAAGGAGAAGGAGGGUGACAACGAGCUGUUCCCUGUGGUCAACGUGGGCCUCGCGCUCAAGGAGGCGCUGUUGCGCCGUAGCCUCACGUCCGACAUCGACAUUCCGUUAACGGCGUCCCUCCUAGGUGGUCUGCUUGUGCUGCUUCGCGCCCAACACAGCGACAAAUCGACGCAGGCACUCUCAGAUGCGGUGUCGCCACUCUUGCCGCAGGCCUUCCAGCUGGUGCAACGACACGAGUUCAAUCACACGGUCAUCGCUAUUCUGGAAGCGCUUACUCUCAAUACGAAAGACAAGACGCGGCUGUAUGACCACUUGCAGCACCUGGGCGUGUACGCCAAGCUGGUGGAAAUUCUGAACCAAUCGCUCCACCUGGAGGAAAACGAGACAUCCGUGGCGAUCGCAGCUCUCAACAGCGAAACCGAAUCAGCCAAGGUGUCGCAGAUCGUGCGAAACAAGCAAAAGACGGCCGAGCUGGUGAUCCACCUGAUGCUGUCCAUGUCCGCCGAUCCCAUCAUGACCGAGACGUUGGCGCUCGCCGGUAUCAUGCGUGUGCUGAGCAACAACACCCUCCGCGCUUUCCACGAGAUGCACGUCACUUACGCCAAUGGCAAACGGAGCACGUGGCAUCGUCUGUGGUGCCUCAUCCUCACUCUCACGACGGCCAUCGCCAGAACGCUGGCCUACAGCGAGCCGCUGGUCGAACAGGCGAUCGAGUUCCUGGCGAUCCACAACGCCCUCGUCUCACGGAGCAUCGACGUGCCCACCGCCCCGUACACGUUGGCCCAACUCGACGAGGCCGAACGAGUGGCGUCGCUCAUCUACGAGCUGGGGCUGCACUGGAAGAAGUGGCGAUUCCUUAGCAUCAAGCUCGCGAGCCACUACCAGGACCGCAUGCUCGGGCUCGUGUACAACCUGGUGGUGGCGCUCCAGAGCGGCCAACCCGUUACGAAGAAGCAGAAGAUGCUGGCGCAGCCCAUCGUCGUCGAGUCGGCGGGGCGGAGCAAAGACAAGGAGCCGAGCGCCGAAUCGGCGGAGACGGCGGAUGCGGGCGCUCAGCGGAAGUCCAAGGGCGAGGCCACGGAAGUGCGGCCGUUCUAUCUGGUGGUGGCGCAGCGCAUGCAUCACAUCCUGCGCAAUUGCCUCUCGUUCCUGCGCGCCGUCGGCCCGCAGUUGGCGCCCACGCUUCUGGCGGCCGCGCGCGAUGACCCACGACUGCGGCACAUUGACUGGGAUGCCUAUCGUCCGCUCUUCGAUCCCGACCUUUUCUUCCAGGCGCCCUCUAUGCCUCUUGCCACGAAGCGGGCCGGUUUGCACGCGGAGGACGACAUGCUUAUGGAGGAUGAGAAUCCACGAGGCCUCGGCGGCAUCAGCACGCCCUUUGGCGAGCCCCCGCGACCCACCCUCGGCCUGCUCAUCAAGGGCAUCCUGCAGGUGUGCGCUAGUGAGCUCAAGGAGGGCGUCGUGCGCGAGGGCCAGCCCCGCCAGCUGCUUGUCUACACGGCGUCGCUGGUCGACAAGCUCACCAGCACCGCCGCGGGCCACCGGGCCACGUCGCGAGGCGACAGCGCAGCGACGCGCACGCUGUACAAGGCCCUGAAGAAGAUCAGCCUCCAGCUGCAGGACCAGCACCGCGUGCUCUACGACUGCAUGCAGUUGGCCCUCUACAUUCUCCUGAGCCACCUCGUCAUCUACAUCCACGGCAAACAGCCCAUUUCCAACAAGGUGAACCUGGGGAUGGAGAUGGAGUCGUUCUUUGGGCGGCUCGUGCGGGACCUCAAGCACAAGCAGGAGAGGGGCGACGUGGCCGAGCAGGUGCCGCCGGAGGUCGUGGAGGACUACGUGGCCUUCUUCAGCCGGACCAAGUCCUACUUUGAGCAGCUCCUCAACACCUGGGCCGCCGGCCAGGCCGGCAACUACGGCCCAAUGGGUCGACGCUGGUGA